UUAUGAGCAGUGGAUUCCUUGGUCGACCAUUCGAUAUGAAGAAAAUGAGACGUAUCUCGAAGGAAUUGCCAAACACGUGUAUGAAGCAGUCGGCUUUUCAAUGGACUUUCGGUAUGAACUGAAACUUCAAGCUGACUUGGCAUUUGGAUCUUUAGAGGAAAGAUAACAAGUGGUUUGGAAUGAUUGGCUCAAUGCUCGAAAAUGAAACAGAUAUUUCUGGACCAUAUUUCAUCACUAAACCAAGAGCAGAUGUUGUAGCUUUCAGCACACCCUUUGCAUUUUCAGAACUAGCCAUAGUAUCUGGUUUAGUCCCUGCUAAUAAAGACCCUUUUGUUAUUUUUGAAGUAUUCUCUUGGCAGGUUUGGCUGUUAAUUGUAUCGACAUUGAUUCUCAUAGCAAUUGUGGCAACGUUUACAUAUAUGAUUCUGCCAGCAAGAGAAAAGCGAAUGAAAGCAGAAGUGUUCCUGGAAUUUCUUUGGAGACUGUAUGGAUCUUUUAUGUGGGAAGAUAUUGGGUCUCCACAGAAAUGGCUAUAUUUUCACAUCUGGUCAUCCGUAUCCUUUCGAAUGCUGCUUUCUUUAUGGUUGCUUGGGCCAGUGUUAAUCAUUAUGUACUCAUAUCAAGGAGUCAUUACUUCGAAAUUUGCUUCAGAUAAACUCAUCCCAAGAAUACAAAACAUGGAUCAGCUCUUUAGAGACACAGGAGUGAAAAUAUGUACUUUGCAAAAUUCAUAUCCAUUAGAUUGCUUUAAGGCUCUUGUGGUUCACUGAGGCCGAUUUAGCACACAGGACGUUUUUAUCUUCAUUAAUGGAAUAUCAGAUUUGCACUCAACAAACCUCUUCAGUAACAAAGGCUUUAGAGAUUAAUGAUCUUAUAGGAGCGUUUGUAUUAUUCGGUGUAGGAAUAUUGUUAUCAACGCUUAUAUUUGUUUUUGAAAGAUAUGCUUAUUGCUUCAAAAGAAUAAGUGUAAAUUAAAAAAAAA